AUGUCUUGGUGGUGGCCGUUUUCCCGCAACACGGAAGAGUCCGUCGACGAGUCCGACUCCGACCAAUCUGUUGUCGAUGACGACGAAUACGUUGAGGUCGUCGACGAUGCGGAAUAUACUGAGGACCUUGAUGAGGACCUCGAGGAAGAUGUCGACGAGGAAAUGAACGAGGAAAUCGACGAGGAACUUGAGGACGAAACGAUGCUGGACCACGAUGCGUCUUUCUCCGUGCCCCUUGACGACUCUGAUGAGUACGAAGCUCCGGCUCCAUCAACUCCACGACAUCCGUCAACUUCAUCACCACCGCCUCCUUCACCCAAGUACCGGGCUCCUUCACCUCAGUACUCGCCAACAUCACCCAAGUACGGCCGACGUGCCACUGUUGAAAGCGUUUCUGAUGAGGAUUUGCCAAACUCACGACAGCCGCGAACUUCACCACGGCGUCCUUCACCUCGGUACUCGCCAACAUCACCUAAGUACUACCGCCGUGCCACUGUUGAAAGUGUUUCUGAUGAGGAUAUUCCAAACGCACGACAGCCGUCAGCUGCACCACGGCGUGCUUCACCUCGGUACUCGCCAACUUCACCCAAGUACUACCGCCGAGCCACUGUUGAAAGUGUCUCUGAUGAAGACUUUUCAAACUGGUCAUCGAUGAGGUAUAACUCAAGACCGAUUCAAUACACUGGCGUGUCGCCACGGUAUACACCACGAAACUCGGGAACAUCUCCCAAGUCCCCUUCAAGAUCGCCAAAGAAUGGGCCAAGGUCGACGAAGUACGAUCCACCAUCGACAUCUCCCCGCCCUAGAACUCCGGGAAGGUCACCACAGACAUCACCGGUAAAAUCAGAAUCCCGAGGAAGCUCGCCCCGUGUCAAACACGAGAUCGAUGAGACCUACGAUGAGCUCUUGCCCGACGGCGAGGAGUAUGUACGCCAUCACUCCAGCGAUGAGGAAGUCCUAGACAAAGGAAGGGCUGCACAGCUACGAGCAGUUCUACAGCGCAAUCCAGACCUCCGUUCUCGGUCUUCACAACUGAGAGAUGCUUUUUUCGAGUACACGAACUCGCCUCGCGCUGGAUCUCCUGCUCUUUCGGAUUUCUCCGAAUGGCUUGCUGCCGCUAUCGAGUCCGGUGAAUUCGAUUACGAUGAGCCUCCAGGAGACCCUGCUCAAGCCGACACCUCCAUGUCUGGCAUUGAGUUUGACUGGGAGGAUGUACACGCAGGCUUCGACUUCGGUAUUCUGGGGAGAUCAUUAGACGAACGCAACGACACCAUCGCAGCCUUAUUCCAACCCGAAUUGGACAACCUGGUGCGUCGUGGCUACGAGGAAACGGAAGCUUUCGGAUUGGUCGCUGGCCUCUUCGACCAGUACGUGGACGAAUACAAUGCAUACGACGCCUCCGAAGGGAUGUACCGCCACUUCAACAGUCCGCAAAUGACAACGAUGCGGAAUUUCCUUCAAGGCGAGAUACUCGAAAUCGGCAGGAACCGGCGCAGUUUCAAUCACCGACGGGACGAAUCCAUCGCUCGCAUUCGACGACUUGUGGCCAACAGCGGCCACCCUUUCGCUGGAUCGCUAGCGACUAUGUACCAGGAGCUUAUGGCCGCGGGUUACGAUCCAUACCUCAUCUACGCCUUUCAGAGGGAGUACGAGGAGAAACUGGAAGAAGACAUAAGCGAAGAGAGUGUCUUGAAUCUACAUGUCCAGAUCGCGGACAUAGAUCCGACAUUUUUCCUACAAAAUCGGGCAGAGUUGGCUGCAGCCAUUAUGGCUGAUGCAACUGAAGCGGUAGAAAGAGGCGACGAGGGAGUCGGGGCCGGCUAUAGGUCACCUACGCGAGCCUCCACGGGGCCUGGGCUGUUCUACCGGGGUGAUUCUUCGCCCGCCAGCACUCGAUCGUCAAGGACAUUUGGUCGAGGAAGCGCAUCUCCUCCUGGUCCACCACCACCGCCUCCAACAACCCCAGCAGCAAACCCCCUCUUUACUCGCGUCCGCGAAAACCCUCCUCCCCCAUCACCCUCCCACUCCUCCUCCUCAUCAGACCCAGACUGGCCAGACCUCUCUCCCUUCCGACCCACAGCCCCAAGAAGAACGCCAAACCCACCCUCCGCCCGCGCCGGUUCCGACAACGGUUUCCUGCCGGACGACGAAGAAGAAGAAGAAGAAGAAGAAGAAGAAGAAGAAGAAGAAGAAGAAGAAGAUCCAGAGCCCCUCCCCAACAUCCCCAACAUCCCCAACAUCCCCUCACCACCACCAAACCCCCUCUUCACCCGCACCCGCGACAACCCCCCAUCCCCCUCGCACUCCUCCUCCUCCUCCUCCGCCUCCGCCUCCUCCUCCCACAACAACUCCCCCUACAACCCCCCACUCCGCACCCCCACCCUAAUCCCCUCCCCCGCCACCCCCCUCGCCCACGAACCCUUCGACAUCUACAUGACACGCAACCGUCCCUCCACCUCAUCCUCAAAACGCAAAACUCCCUCCUCGUCCAAGAAAUUCACAAAAGUCGAUCCUUUGCGGUAUACGAACCGACUUUACCAGCCGCGACGCUUGCCGGAUACGCCUACGAAGAGUCAUUUGCCGCCGAGUCCCAGACGGAGGGGACCGAAGGCGAAGAGGUGUGAGGCUUGUGGGAGGGCUUUUCGGGUGAGGAAGAAGAUUGGUGGGGGUGGUGGGGGUGGGGAGAGGAAGAGUACGAGGGUGAGGAAGGGGGUGGAGAGGCUGGGGGGUUGA